CUUCCGCCGCUCCUCCUAUACAAAGAAAGAGUCUAGUUGCCAUUUCAAAACCCUCGUCCCUCUAAAACCCUUAUCCUCUCCAUCCUCUCUUUUCUUUCUUCUAUUGAAUCACCAUGGCUUCUGCAACCACAUCUCUAAUCAAGCCUCUAUCAAUGGCCACAUCUCUUUCAACACACUUAACAACUAAAACCACAUCUUACCCAUCUAUCUCUUUCCCUUCCAAAUCUGUUAAAGUUUCUCAACUUUCUACUUCAUUUUCAUCAUGGGUUCCUCUUAAAAACAAGAUUUCUUCAUCAAAGAUGGUAACUUUUGUUGCUUCAGAUUUUGCUCAAGUAACUGAAGAAGAUGGUGAUGAAAUUGAGACCCCUGGUGGAGAUGGGGGGUUUGUAGAGGAGGAAAGUAGUGAAGAGACUUAUGCUGAACCUUCUGAAGAUGCUAAACUCUUUGUUGGGAACUUACCUUAUGAUAUUGACAGUGAGAAAUUAGCUAAUCUUUUUGACCAAGCUGGUGUUGUUGAGGUUGCUGAGGUUAUUUACAACAGGGAAACUGAUGAGAGCCGAGGGUUUGCGUUCGUCACGAUGAGCAGCGUUGAAGAAGCUGAGAAAGCUGUUGAGAUGUUCAACCGUUAUGAUAUAAAUGGCAGAACUUUAAAUGUAAACAAGGCUUCUCCUAAAGGUUCUCGUCCAGAGAGAACCCCUCGAUCAUUCGAGUCGUCUUCUUCUCUUAGACUGUAUGUUGGAAAUCUUUCAUGGCAAGUGGACGAUGCUCGCCUGGAGCAGGUGUUCAGUGAACAUGGUAAAGUGAUGGAUGCAAAGGUUGUUAUGGAUCGGGAAACUGGCCGCUCACGCGGGUUCGGCUUUGUAACGAUGUCAGCACAGUCGGAGUUGGAUGAUGCUAUUGCUGCUCUUGAUGGACAGAGUUUGGACGGAAGGAUGGUUAGAGUUAAUGUUGCUGAGCAGAGACCUCCAAGGCGCAACUUUUAAAUUCAACAGAUGAUUUUCAAUGACCCUUUUGUCUGUCUCCUGUAAGUCUGUGCUUCUAUCGUAGGAGACUAUUCUGAGUGAUCAAUUGGCAAAUAGAUUAAUUUUGGCUAGUGAUAGAAAAGUCUUUCUUUCUCGAGAAUUGCUGUUACAUUUUUUUUUCUUCCUUAUUAAGUUUUGUCAUGUGUUGGUAAUUUCAAAUUUCACAGUCACUGAGCAACUUAUAUGCUAGCAACACUGAAUUCUAGACCAUUUACCUUACCUGUCCAAGGUUUGUUAUUUGUCAUGUACUGCCAAGAUUAGCUUGUUCCUGUUCGAAACUUAUGUAAUACAUGUUAAUUACCUGAACAA